AUGCGGCGCGUCCAGCACUUGUCGCGUCAUGUUUUCCCUGAUCCUGUAGCUGCUCCGGUCGAUUUGCCAUCGGAAGCCGUUGGACUUGCGCGGCGCGACCGGACACGUCGUGACACAAUCUCGCGGCCGAAAUCGCAGUUCAGCCCUGCUGAGUGGGAAGCCCGCUGCAAGCUGGCUGUUGCGUACCGCCUGGCUGCACACUAUGGAUGGGACGAGCUCGUUUUCAACCACAUUACCUUGAAGGUGCCAGAGAGCGACCGCUUAUCCGAUGGACCCCACUUUCUCAUCAAUCCCUUCGGAUUGAGAUUUGAUGAGGUCACCGCUAGCUCGUUGUUGAAGGUUGAUCUGGAUGGCAAUGUGGUAGACAAGGGCACCAACCAGGGACCUCUUUUCAAGCAGGGUUUCGUGGUGCACUCCGCUGUCCAUGCUGCCCGCCCAGACAUAACCUGCGUUUGGCAUUGCCAUCAUGCUGACACUGUGGCAGUGUUGACAUCCACGGUCGGCUUCCUUCCCCUUACCCAGGAAGCGCUCUCACAGUGGGGUGAGUUCUCCUAUCACCCCUUUGAAGGCAGUGCUGUUGAUUUGGAUGAGCGACAGAGAAUGGCACAGAAUCUGGGACCAAAGAAGAAGGUCCUGCUCCUCGAGAACCAUGGCCCGCUGACUGCCGGUGGUUCAGUCGAGGAGGCGUUCUUUCGAAUGUACAUGAUCACUCUGAGCUGCUCUUGGCAGGUUAAGGCCAUGGCUGCAGUUGGAGGAGAUCUAAGCAAGCUGAGGGUGCCAAGUGGCGAAUACCUCGCUAGCCUCAAGCGCCGGGAAGAGCACAUCGUCACUAAGGCCAAGGAUGACGUUGACAAGAAGAAUGAGUCCUACAACGAAGUUGAGGCCAUGUGGCAUGCGGCGCGCAGACUGAUGGAACGCCACCACGGAGCUAGCAGCAUCUACUGCUAA